ACAAACUAGGCACGCUUCAUUCUGCAGCCUCCUCUUUUAAAAGUCAUUGUUUUAGCGGCGAUUUCUCCAACCUUCAAUUUUAUCAGCGAAACUCCCUCGCCUUCCUCUCCCCUCGAACCCUUUCUAUCUCUCAUUUUAGCAAUGGCUCAAGUGGUGGCCACUAGAUCCAUUCGUGCUAACUUCUUCAGCAAGGCCUCCGGAUCCCUUCAGGACCCAGUGGAGAAGCUUAAGCCUGCGUCCUUCGCUUCCAAAGUACUCUUACCUGACCACAGGAAGAGCAACGCCGUCGUGCUUACGAGGAACUCUAGGAUUACUGCCAAGAGAGCCUCACGUGCCGAGCCUGAACUUAUUCCCGUUUCACCUGAGGAUGUACUUAAGAGGGAGGAGCAAUAUGAGCAGUUAAGGGGGAUUCAGCAAGUAGGUGAUGGAUCAGUGGGUAUGUGGUCCAAGCCUACUGUUAGACGUAAAACAAAGAUUGUUUGCACUAUUGGUCCUUCAACAAACACAAGGGAAAUGGUAUGGAAAUUGGCUGAGGCUGGAAUGAAUGUUGCUCGCUUGAAUAUGUCUCAUGGAGACCAUGCAUCUCAUCAGAAAGUUAUUGAUUUAGUCAAGGAAUAUAAUGCACAAUCCAAAGACAACACUAUCGCAAUCAUGCUUGACACCAAGGGUCCUGAAGUUAGGAGCGGUGACUUGCCUCAACCAAUCACAUUAACAACUGGGCAGGAAUUUACUUUUACAAUUAAGAGAGGAGUUGGGACACCUGAUUGUGUUAGUGUCAACUAUGAUGAUUUUGUUAACGAUGUAGAAGUGGGUGACAUGCUUCUUGUUGAUGGUGGUAUGAUGUCAUUGGUAGUGAAGUCGAAGACAGAAGAUUCAGUGAAGUGUGAAGUAAUUGAUGGUGGUGAGCUUAAAUCUAGGCGGCAUUUAAAUGUCCGAGGAAAAAGUGCUACACUGCCUUCUAUUACAGAAAAGGACUGGGAUGACAUAAAAUUUGGAGUAGACAAUAAAGUCGACUUUUAUGCUGUUUCUUUUGUUAAAGAUGCAGAAGUGGUUCAUGAGUUGAAGAAUUAUCUGCAGAGUUACGAUGCAGAUAUUCAUGUUAUUGUUAAAAUUGAAAGUGCAGAUUCUAUUCCAAAUUUGCAUUCAAUUAUAACAGCAUCUGAUGGGGCAAUGGUUGCAAGAGGAGAUCUUGGUGCAGAGCUGCCAAUUGAGGAGGUUCCUCUUUUGCAGGAAGAGAUCAUUAGAACAUGUCGAAGCUUGGGGAAAGCUGUUAUUGUGGCAACCAAUAUGCUGGAAAGCAUGAUUGUUCACCCAACACCAACCAGAGCAGAGGUAUCUGACAUUGCCAUUGCUGUUCGUGAGGGUGCUGAUGCUGUCAUGCUUUCUGGAGAAACGGCUCACGGAAAGUUUCCGUUGAAAGCUGUUAAAGUGAUGCAUACAGUUGCUCUACGGACUGAAGCAACCAUAUCUGGCUGUGAAAUGCCACCUAAUCUUGGUCAAGCUUUUAAGAACCAUAUGAGUGAGAUGUUUGCAUAUCAUGCUACUAUGAUGUCAAAUACUCUUGGAAUCUCAACUGUUGUCUUCACUAGAACUGGUUUCAUGGCUAUAUUACUUAGCCAUUAUCGUCCUUCUGGCACUAUUUUUGCCUUCACAAAUGAGAAAAGGAUUCAACAGAGAUUAGCUUUGUAUCAAGGAGUAUGUCCCAUAUAUAUGGAGUUCUCGGAUGAUGCUGAAGAAACCUUUAAAACUGCUUUAGCUUUGUUGCAGAGGCAAGGAAUGGUGAAGGAAGGAGAAGAGGUGGCUCUUGUUCAGAGCGGGAGACAGCCGAUCUGGCGAUUCCAGUCCACACACAAUAUUCAGGUACGCAAAGUGUAGCGGCUGAAGAAAGACAAAGAGGAGCCCAUUUGACCCAGUUUUAUACUUCUUCCCGAGAGUUUCUGAGAAGAGUAUUGAGGUUAGGUUUGGGAUACUCCCUCACGUCAUGUUAGUCAUAGGAUCUAUGGCUGUAUGUCUCCUAUUAGUUUGGUUUGCUUGAGAUAUAUUGGUAUAUGCAACUAUUAGUUAUUGUUUUCUUUUCUUUUUAAAAGUUUCCCCCCAAACAAGAUAUUUUAGAGGAUCCUAAUUUUGUAUCCAAAGAUUGGCGGAGCAUGAAAUAUGAUAUAUUGAGCUUGUGUUACUUGUAAAAAGAA